GUUUGCUAAAUACUUUGGAUAACUGUUUUGAAUGUUGAUUGAGUUUGUGCAAUGUUGAGAAUAAAUUGAUAUGAAUUGUUGAGAUACUAAAAGAGCAUGAUUUUUAUUUGUUUUCGUGAUGGAGUGAAAGUUCUGAACAAUGUCUCGUUUGUUUCUCAAGCUUAACCCGCAGCAUUGCGUUCCAACGCUGGUGGAUGGCGACUUCGCAUUGUGGGAAUCACGUGCGAUUAUGAUUUAUUUGGUGGAUCGUUACGCGAACGCUGAGAUUGGUGACAAGUUGUACCCAUUGGAUCCGCAGAAACGAGCUUUAGUCAAUCAACGUCUGUACUUUGACAUGGGAACAUUGUAUCAACGUUUUGGAGACUAUUAUUAUCCACAGAUAUUCGAGGGAGCCUCAGCAAACCCAGAGAACUAUUCGAAAAUUGGUGAAGCUUUAGAGUUUUUGAACACAUUUCUGCAAGAUCAACAAUUUAUAGCCGGAGGAGAUUGUCUAAGCCUUGCGGAUCUGAGCGUAUUGGCCUCCUUAGCAACUUUCGAAGUGGCUGGAUAUGAUUUUUCGGGGUACAAAAACGUUCAUGAGUGGUAUGAGAGAAUUCAGAAGAUAGCUCCAUCGGCAGAUAUCAACCGAAAGUGGGCAGAAGCUGCGCGGCCACUAUUCGAUAAAAUCAAAAUAUCCAAUUGAGGAGUAUAAACUUGUUUUAUUCCAAAGUCUCUAAUACCAGUUUCAAACAAAUAAAAAUCACGUCAUCGUAAUUAGCGUUCCACAACCGUCUAUUCACCUUCUUCUCUUUUAUAUAGCAGAGUCACGACAAUUAGCAGCACAGUAUCAGAAAUAAGCAUUUCCCAAUUAGCAUGUCAAUUAACCACCUUGAGUAUGCAUUCCACAGUUGAACCCGCAACACACCAUCCCGACACUGGUCGACAAUGGUUUCGCCCUGUGGGAAUCGCGUGCCAUUCUGAG